AUGUUUAAGAAGAAAAUAGGGCUUUUACACAAGAAGGGGGAGAAAGAGGAGCGCUCGCCGUCGCCAGAGCCUUCUUUGCGGCCCUCGCUCAAGCCGCCGAUCAGUCUUCCGCGGUCGCGGGGCGCCUCGGGAGUUUCUGCAGGUUUAGAUUCUGUGCCAUUUUCUAUAGAGGAGCUUCAAGCCUACGGAGUCGCAGGCAAGGUUAAGACUGUUGCUUUUGAUCCAUUGCAAAGUCUGAUGGCAAUUGUCACAGACUACAACCAUGUGCACAUUUUUGGACAGAGCCGAGUGAGCUGUGCUUUGACGUUGAACACUACCAGUGCCAUUCGGUCCCUGCGGUUUGUCAAGGGCGUGUAUCUAGUGGCUGUGGACUCUUCUAAGACCAUAUUUGUGAUUUCUUUGGCUGCCAAGAAAGUGCUGCACAAAAUUGUCACCAGCAGCCAGAUCACCGCGUUCGAGACAGACUACUCAUUAGAAUUUAUUUACGUUGGAUUCAGCAACGGGCUUGUGAAGGCUUUCAACAUAGAAAGUGGCCUGGACACCAUUUUGUCUUUACGAGAACAGCAGUACAACACAUUCAUAUUAGAGAGCGACGUGCAUGUGUCUUCGAUUAAGCUGAAUCCGCGAGACUUUGGCACUCUUCUAAUUUCCUACACUAAGAUGACCAUCGAGUUUAAUCUUGCGGAGAACAAAGCAGUCAAGCAGUUCGUGUACAAAUUAUCGAAGGGAGCACCAGGGGGAGAGAACGCAACGUACAAAUACGAUUCUUCUGGCUACUACAUACCGAACGUUGUUCAGUCGUUAUGGCAUCCUAACGGUCUCCACGUUGUCACCAUCCACGACGAUAAUUCGUUGGUUUUCUGGGAUGCCCUCACAGGAGAACAGAUACUGGCACGCUCGCCCUUUGACAGCUACAUUGACUCGCCGUCAGGAGACAUUCAUCAUGGUCCCAAAAUGACGAAAAUUAAAAAAGCUGCGUGGCUGUGCGAGCACGAUCCCGAACGGACUUCCUUGCUGUUCUGUGGUGGAGACUCGUUUGAGACUGAGGGCUACCACCAGCUCGUGCGAAUGGAUUUUGGGCGCAUGUUGUCGUAUUCAAUGACAAGCUAUACACAGAUGGCCAAAUACUAUGCGCAACCAAAACAGCAGAACAUAUUCGCUAUUCACGCCGCUGCCAACAUUGUUGAUUUUGUUCCACUAGGAGAAGCAUCGCCCUACUAUGACGGGAACCAUGACCCAAAACUCAUAGCACUUACUCUGAGCGACGGGUCAUUGAAGUUCAUGAAUUAUCCUACUGGGAACCUCUCUUUCAAGGCCAGCUAUUUCCCGUCCACGGUUUCGUGGCUGAAUCCUAAAAUAACGUUCUCAGCCUCUGCAUUUAUUGACAAAAGAGUCCUCAAUGGCAUGAUCGACACCCACAGCUCCCGAAAUAGCAUUUUAAAAGGAGGAAUUCCCGGCAGGCCAAAAUACAAGGCAGACGUUGGGUCUGUCAUUGUUUCAGGCCACGAGAAUGGCUACAUUCGCAUCUGGAACUCCUCCGAGGGAGAGCUGGAUAGCUCGACUGCCUUUGAGAUCGACAUCUCGAGAAUUCUUCUUGACGACUCGCCUCAUUACUCCAUCUCAAAAGUGUCCUUUGCUGCCGAGCAGCUCGAGCUUUCGUGCAGCAUGUACAACAAUGACGUGUUACUCUUUUCGUACCAACAGAACAAAAAAUAUCAACCUGCUCAGGGCGACUUAAACCGGCGAAUGAGCUCAUUGGAGCUCUCAUCCACCAAGGCGGAACGACAAAUUAUUGAUAUCAGCGACCGUGCCCCUAGAGACUUGAAAAAAGGAUUUUUGCCUAAAGUGCUGGUGAAAAGCAUGGGAUAUGGCACGGUGACGGCCCUAUGCAACAGUAACGUUGGGUUCGUUGGUAUCGGCUACGAAUCGGGACAGCUCGUGGUCAUUGACCGCAGAUCCAACACCGUCAUAUACAACACGCAACUGAUCGACGAUGGGCUUUCGCUGCCUAUUGUGCCGACAUCCAUUGAGUUUGCUUACGGCCAACCGGGAUUAUUGAUGAUUGUGGGGACCCGGAUAGGACGACUACUCGUUUUCGAGGUUGUUUCCGGCAUACGAUUUUCUCUGCGGCUGGUGGAGCAAAUAGACUCCAACGAUGCUGAGAUCCUGGAAAUUAUCCCCAUCAACUCGGAUACAGGACGUCCAAGUACGGCGUCUAUCCGCCAUCUGAGCUCACCGCUACCGGCAGACAAAACACCGCUCUCUAUCAUCGCAGCGUCAUCGAGCGACAUACGGAUUGUGAAGAACGGGUCCAAGAUGGCCCACAAGACGUUUGGAAAGGGUGAAUUGUCGAAAAUCGGCAUCACAGGCACAAAAACACAGAAAGGAAAUGUUGCUUUCUGUUUGGUAGCACUGAUGGGGGCUACGAAAAAAAUGACCGUCUAUACGAUCCCGUCCCUUUCUGAACUGUCCAGCAUGCGCAUUCCGUACCGACUGGAGGCCAAGUACACCCCGCAGAGCUCUGUGCUGCCGCUAGGCGAUGUUUUUUUGAGAGUCAACGAGACAGAGGCGGCCCUGGUUAACAUCAUGGGAUUGCGUCAGCCGGUCAUGUCCCUGGAGACGAUCAACGGCGACGACGUGCUGUUUCUGCGCAACAUUUUGAUACCGUACCGGCCGUCCACAAAUUACUUUGUCAAGGGCACUUCGUCGUUGUCGUACACGAAACUGUAUCAUUUGCUUGUUGGACGGGAACGGCCGGAAAAAACAAACCAUCCGGAGUAUGAGCUUGCUUGGGACAUCUCGCCCUACAACCCAGCAAAUUACAGCUUGAUGGGCACUGCGAAGCCAAAAUACUACGAUCCCAACGCACUACACCAACACCCAGGCUUGACCGAUAAACCGGUCGCGCCUAUCAGCAUGUCCACCGUGACGAGGAACAUUUCGAGAUGGAAGCAGCACGCCCAGAACCGCCUGGACGUGGCCAAUAACCGCGUGGAGACCUAUGUGGCCGACCUGAACGACGAUUUCGACAAGUUCGUGAACGAGACCAAGAACGACGCCAUCAAGGGUGCCAUCAACAGCAAGCUGGGGCUCUGA